AUGGGUCAUCCACCUGAACAUCCACCUGAGCAUCCUACUGAGCAUUCAUUGGAGCAUAUAAUGGAGCAUUCGACCGAUCAACUGGUGGACCGUCCAAUGGAGCAACCUGCAGAUCAGCAAAUGGUCCAGCCAGCAGUCCAACAAAUGGAGCUCACAGCAGAUCAAGUAACGGAGCAACCUGCAGAGCAAGAACUGAUCCAACCUGCCGAGGAACAUGUGGUUCAGCGAGCAGAUCAACCGCCGGAGCAUCUAGUAGAUCAUCCGAUGGAGCAACCUGCAGAGCAACAGGUGUUCCAGCAAAUUGUUCAGCCUGCAGAGCAACAAGCGGUUCAGCCAGCAAUUCAACCAGUGGAGCAGUCAACAGAUCAAUCAGCGGAACAACCUGCACAGAAAGAACUGGUUCAACCUGCACAGCAACAACUAAAGCGGCCAAGAGGUCAACCACCUAAGAAACAUGCGGCGAGACCAGUAGAACAGCCAACUGAUACCCCCAAAAAACACAAGAAUCCUGGAAAGUCCUGGAGUGACAUUGAACUUCGAUACAUUUGGGAUGUUGUUCAAGAGCAGCGAAAUGAGGGCAUGGCUGUAUGUUAUUUUACCCCUUUCCCUUCUCGGAUCUUCUCUGUAAGCAGCCUUAGGGAUGCUCAUCAACCUCUUUUACUCUUCGCUCCCACCUUUUGAGAAACAAGUUGACUAAUUCAUUGCAGUGGAAAGAUUGUGCCAUCGCUAUGCAUUUGGAAAUGAGAAAGCAAAACCGUAAGAGCAUCUCUUCAUUUGUAACUUAGACUGUUACUUCGUUGUUCUCAUGGUUCACUAUCUGCCCUCUACAGAACUUGAGCAAAUAUUAUUUCAUCGUCUCAUAAAUACAUAAGCUUACAUUCCAUAUUCUAGAUGUCCGUCGCCGUUAUGAAGCCCAUAGUCUUCUCCAAGCCUGGAAGAAGUACUUCACUGAAGCUGCUAAGAACCGAGGAACUUUCGAUUACAUCAACAGCGCACCUCUCGCCAAGCGACCUCCUCCCCGACAAGCCCCAAACAACUCGAGAUAUGUCGUCAAGUCCCACUACCGACCACAACAGGUUCUCAUUGCCACCAGUUCUAGAUCUGCCGCUUCCUGGGGUUAUGGCACAGAGGAGUUUGAACAAGCAGUUGAAGAUGGUGGAGCUUCUGCUGCUAUGGAGUACGAAGAUGAAGACGAGGAGUUCGGUGGCAACGAUGAGCUUUCCAAUGCGGGAGGCAACAUGAGAAGUCUUUCACGUGCAUCAAAGGAGGUUUCAUCCAAUGACCGCUACGAAAAUGACGACGAUGAUGAGUUUCCUGAUGUAAAUGAGCUCACAAAGCAGCCCGCCAGAUCCUUCAAGGCCUCUGAGAGACCAGUCGCACGUUCUCUUCCUCCAAGAGCUUCAAAGUCAAGCAAGCCACUUGUCGAUUACAGCAGUGAUACUGAUGAUAGUCUUGCUGAUGAUGAUGAUGACUAUGACAAUCAAGCUGGUAAACGUAAGUCUCCAAGCAUCCUUGCCCUCUAUGAAACAUUACUAAUACUUGUCACCCAGAACCUCGCAAGCGUAUCAAGGGAGUUAUUGUGCACGCAGGUAAUGAAAUCGAGUUCGAUUAUGGUAGCGAGUCUGGACGACCAGCUGCAUCAUCCACCUUUGCACAGUCGCCACACCCAGAGAAUCAACUCAGUUUUGUCAGAAGAGGAGAGUCAGAGGCGGAGGACACGAAGUUCCCACCUACCACCGCACCAAGACCACACAACGUCUUUGAUGUCCCUAUCGGCCUUCCACACCAAGCUGAUAUUGAAUACCCAUACAAGACACCAAGCAUCAAAUCCGAUCCCAGCUUCCUCGCUGUCCCUCCUCAACCCACACCACGUAAUAAGCCAGGUCCCAAGCCAUGGCGCCCCGAUCCCUCCAACUUCAAGGCUAAACCCUCCCGUGCUUCUCUCGAUGCUCACAUGACCCAAGGCACAGGAGUCUACUGGCAAGACCCGGGUCGAAUCUUGACAUACAAGCAAAAGCAGGCCAAGAAGCGAGAGGAGUUGAUGGCAAGCCGUGAGGCGAGAAUAAAGGCUGGUAUCAAAGUUCCUGCAUUGAAGAAGCCACGCGUUAAGGAAGUUCCUCCUCCUUUGAUCCCUCAGAAUUUCAAGGGUAAUGCGUUGACGCAAUUACAGGCUCUUCACAAUCAGCAGCUUAUGGAUGAUAUGAUGGGUAAUUCUUGA